AACGAAACUACGCUAAUUUGCAACACGUAAAGCGUUUGUUGUUACUACAUCAUAAUCAUAACAAACAGUAUAAAUAUGUAAAUGGACCUUGCCCUGAGCGGGUGUAUAAACCUCGCCAAAGUCUCCGCUAGACUCGCGUCCGUACACUUGCGCUCAGACGGUACGCGUGAGAACAUCGCAACAUGGCGUCUCAUUUGAAAGCGGUACGCGGGAAUUUUGCGCGCCAAAUCUUGAACUGCGCCAGAAAUGAAAAAAAAAUUAAAAGCAAUCGCGUAAUUCCUCAAGGCGUUUUGAGGAGGGACUUUGCUACACGUACCGCAACUGUGUCGGACAGUAAGUGCUUGAGUUCUCCGUGGGGUGAAAUUCAAAUUGGAAAAGAAACACUCACGGAUCACGUCUUCGGUGAGGUGGAGUCAUGGGCGGACAAACCAUCUGUGACUUGCGGCUCAUCGGGUCGUUCAUACGACUACGGUAUGAUGCGGAUGAUGGUGGAACGUUGCGCCAAUGCUCUCGUCGGUCAUCUGAAAAUGAAGCCAGGCGAGAAAAUAGGCCUUAUCCUGCCGAACAUUCCCGAAUUUGUCGUCCUCAUCCAUGGUGCUAUGAAGGCGGGACUUGUGGUGACAUUUGCGAAUCCUCUGUACACUGCAGUUGAAAUACAACGGCAGUUCAAUGACUGUGGCGUGAAAGCAAUAGCCACUAUUGAGAUGUUCAUGCCGGUGGCCCAGGAAGUCAGCAAGUCACUGAAAGAUUACAAGGGAACCAUUUGGGUUGGUGGCGAAGAUGAUAAAGCAAAAGGUAUCCACGGCCUAAGGUCAUUGUUAAUGGCGGAUCACAAAGCGGAUCUUCCCACAUUGAACUGCGACGAUGUGUGUUUGAUACCGUACUCCAGCGGUACGACUGGAAUGCCCAAAGGCGUCAUGCUCACUCAUAAGAACCUCGUGUGCAACUUAAAACAAGUCAAGUGCCCUGAAAUGAUGAAGGAUGGUGUUGUGAAAGGUAAAGAUGAGGUUGUUCUAACUGUUCCCCCGUUCUUCCAUAUUUACGGUUUCAACGGUAUACUGAACUACAAUCUUAGUCUUGGUUACCACAUCGUUACUAUGCCUAAAUUUACUCCGGACGAUUACAUCAAGUGCUUAGUGGAACACGAACCGACCACACUGUUCGUGGUGCCAUCGCUGUUGGCGUUCCUCGCGACUCAUCCACUGGUGAAGAAGAGUCACCUUCAGUCCAUUAAGAUUAUUAUGGUCGGAGCGGCUCCCACCACAGACGCCAUGAUGGAGAAAUUCUUGCUUAAGUGCGAGAAAACUAAAGAUGAUAUCCGACUUUUGCAAGGGUACGGAAUGACAGAGAGUUCUCCCGUGACUCUAUUGACUCCGUUCGACUACCCUUACGGUAAGGUCGGCUCGGUCGGUCAACUAGUCCCCAGCACUCAGGCUAAAAUCGUAUCGCUGACCGAUGGCGAAAUGUUGGGGUCUCACAAGUCUGGAGAGUUAUGGCUCAAAGGGCCUCAGGUGAUGAAAGGCUAUUGGAACAAUGAAGCAGCGACCAAAGAGACUGUGGACAGCGACGGGUGGCUACACACCGGCGACGUUGCUUAUUAUGAUGAGGAUUAUUAUUUCUACAUUGUUGACCGCACGAAAGAACUCAUAAAAGUCAAAGGCAAUCAGGUGUCACCAACUGAAGUGGAAAAUGUUAUAUUGGAACGGCCCGAAGUAGCAGAUGUGGCAGUCGUUGGCAUUCCAGACCCUCUUGCUGGAGAACUACCUAAAGCCUUUGUAGUCUUGAAAUCAAAUCACAAACUAACAGAGAAAGAGGUUUAUGAUACAGUAGCACAAAAACUCACAAAGUACAAGCAUCUCGAGGGUGGUGUAGUGUUUAUGGAUGCCAUCCCAAGGAAUGCUGCCGGAAAAAUAAUGAGAAACGAACUAAAAGUUUUAGGAGGAAAAUCGAAACAUUAAUAUAAAGUGUUAAUAUGUAUUUUAAAAUAUUGUAAAUAGUGAAGUGUGAUAGUUUUGUGAUAUAUUUAAUUAAUUAUGUAGUGUAAAUAGGAAUGAUCCCUAUCUAAUUUUGAGAAAAUUAUUUUUGUUAUUAUAAUUAGUAAAUGAAUUAAAGUAUUUUGUUACUUGAUUUUUAUUACAAAA